ACUGCAGACAUAGUACAGGAAAUGACCAGAGACUGCAGACACAGUACAGGAGAUGACCAGAGACUGCAGACAUAGUACAGGAGAUGACCAGAGACUGCAGACAGUACAGGAGAUGACCAGAGACUGCGGACAUAGUACAGGAGAUGACCAGAGACUGCGGACACAGUACAGGAGAUGGCCAGAGACUGCGGACAUAGUACAGGAGAUGACCAGAGACUGCGGACACAGUACAGGAGAUGACCAGAGACUGUGGACAUAGUACAGGAGAUGACCAGAGACUGCGGACACAGUACAGGAGAUGACCAGAG